AUGUUGAACUUGCUUUGUUUAGUGGUAGGUGGGAGUGCCGGACUCCAGUUCCCGGUCGGUCGUAUCCACCGUCUGUUGAGAAAAGGAAACUACGCCGAACGUGUCGGAGCCGGAGCACCGGUAUACCUGGCCGCCGUCAUGGAGUACUUGGCAGCUGAAGUUUUGGAGUUGGCCGGCAAUGCCGCCCGUGACAACAAGAAGUCUCGUAUCAUCCCCAGACAUUUGCAAUUGGCCAUCAGGAAUGACGAGGAGUUGAACAAAUUGUUGUCCGGUGUAACCAUCGCUCAAGGUGGUGUGUUGCCCAACAUCCAAGCCGUGCUCUUGCCCAAGAAGACCGAGAAGAAGGCUUAACUUUGCUACCCUUACCCGCCAAACACAGUUUUAAAACGGCCCUUUUCAGG